AUGGAUACUAGUGUAAAUAUUCCAUCAACAACAACUUCUGCUGGUGGAUGUGCAGGGGGAGUUGCAACAACAACAUCUACAGCUUAUGAAGAUUCUUUAAAUGAUAUUAAAGUUUCAAUUAAAACGUCUCCAGUACCCAAUGAAGAAAUUGCUGAUGAAGUUAAAGUAUUUCGUUCAAAUCCUGAUGUAAAUGAUGAUGAUCCAACUGAAAUUGCUGGAAGUUCUGCUGAUUUAGCUGAAGAUAAAAAUGAAUUGGCAUUUGAAGCAGAUAUUGAAUCGCAGACUAAUUAUAAUACUCAACAUCAAGUCAAUCCAAUAUAUACUAAUCCUCCCCAUUUGGAUUGGCCAAAUGCUUUGCAUAAUUGGCUUACAGCACACUUACUUUCACCUGUAUAUGUUGCUAAUCAAAGAAUUGCUGCAAUGGCACAAGCAGCAGCUCAAGCAGCAUAUGUUGCUAAUGUUGCCAGUGCUGCUCAAUAUAUUGCUAGGCAUUCACCCAAUUUUGCGAAUCUUGGACCGCAGUUUGGAGCUCCAUUUGAACGCCCCCCAACUUUUUCUAUGGGUGGUCAAACUCCUAACAAUAAUUCCAAUCGAAAUGGUUAUUCAAUUCAACAACAUAUGGCAAGUCCAAUGUCUUCACUUGGUGGUGUUUUAGGUGGUAUUUCUCUUUCUACUGAUAGAGGAGACGUUAACAAUUCUGCCUCUUCUCGUAAACAUAGUUUGGAACAACAACAAAGACACCAUCAACAACAUUCGAAUAAUGGACGUUUUUCAAUAAAUACACCAUUAAAAGUUCCAAAACGUGAAAAACUUGAACACAAAAUUAAAGAAAAAAAUUAUCACAACAAUGGGAAAAGUUCAACUACUAAUAGUGAUGGAAAACAUGAACAUAUUAAGAAGCCAAUGAAUGCUUUUAUGUUGUUUAUGAAAGAAAAUCGUCAUAAAUAUAUGGAUGAAUGUGCUGAUAAACGAAAACAAUCAGCAGAAUUAAAUAAAGAAUUGGGACAAGUUUGGCAAAGAAUGACUAGAGAUGAACAACAACCAUAUUAUGAUAUGGCAACAUUAAAACGUGAAGAACACCAACGACUUUAUCCAAAUUGGACAGCACGUGAAAAUUAUGCAAUACAUAAAAAGGCUAAAAAGCGUAGAACGAGGGAACGUUCAUUAGAAAAUAAUGAUUCAAAAAAGUGUCGUGCACGUUUUGGUGUUGAUAAUCAAAUUAAAUGGUGUAAACAUUGUAAACGUAAAAAGAAAUGUUUAAAUGUUCUUCGUGAUUCUGAUUCGCCUGCACAGGUUUCCUCUACUACAAAUCCAACCACUCCAUUACAUCAUCAUCAACAACAACAACAAGGAGGGCAGAGCAGCAGCAAUAAUAACAAUUUAAAUGGACAUCAUAAUUCACAAACUUCACAAUUUUCAAAUUUAUUUGGUUUAAAUUUAUCAUCCCAACAACCCCAACAUCUUCUAAUAAAACAACAACAAUUAGAUUCACCUCUAAGUUCACAAAAAGGGCAAUCAACCAAUAGUGAAUUAAGCCGUUGUUCUUCUACAGCAAGUAGUGAUGGUGGUGGGGAUGAAUCUAUUGAAGAAGAAGAAUCUGAUAUGGAUGAAGACAACAAAGCUGAUAUUAAACAAAAUUUAAUGAUGGAGGGGCUAGAAUCACCAAUAAUGUCUAAACAACAACAACAUGGUGGUGGCGGUGUAAAUGUUAAAACUUUAAAAAUGGAAACAACACCUACCUCUGACUCUAAAUUACUUUCUCCACAUACACCACCUUCACAUUUACGUCGUAAACACCCUCAACAACACAACCAACAACCUCUUUUAGUUGAUACACCCUCAAAACAACAUUCAUCUUCUUUGUUUGGUUCAAGUAAUACUAAUGAUGUUAAUAAUUUAUUAGUUGCUGCAGCUGCUUCAACAUUAUUGCCUCACCAUCAUUCUUCACCAUUUUCUUCUCCUUCAAAUAAUAAUCCAAAUUUACAACAACAAAAUAUUCCGUCCGCCUUUCAAAUGCCUCCACCAACAACACCUACUGGAGGAGCAGGAGCAGGUUUUCCAUUUCAACCAAGUCCUUUCUUCCCUUGGAAUGGGCUAAACUUUAUGUCUUCAUUUAUGAAACAUUAA